CAAUCGAUCGAUCGAUCGAUACGUCGGUAAAAAUGAGUUUUUGUUUUUUUUGCCGAACAAGACAAGUUCGACUGUGGACUUAAGGAACAAAUGAAUCAGUUAAUCAAUGUGCAAAUGCAUAUUUUGUUAUUUAGUCAUAGUCGGGUAGUUUGUGAGAAAACUGAUGUUCGAUUAUGUAUUAAUUUAGCGAUUGCUGCCGCUGAAUAACGAUUAUAUUUUUUAGAAUUGGAGUACUCAAAUUUGUAAAGGAGAAGCUUUUUGAGGAGAAAAUCAACACUUCGACACACUGACAGAGAAAGACAGAACGACUGAUCUUUUCUCAGCGCGACGACAUGCGUCGCAAAGCAAACCUCUGGUAUUUUUUUGCAACCGCCAUCAAAAGAGAAUCUUUAUUUGCGUAAAGGCAGCAGCCUUGUUGAUUAUGGUAGCCUUUUAUAAAACCAGAAAAUCCGCUUUAGUUCAUUCUGUAUGUUUGUCUUUUUAUUUUUGUUUUAUCAACGUAAUUUUCUGAUGCUUUUUGAGCUUUCUGAGUAUGGGAAGCGUUCUUCGCCACAUUGUUGAAUCUAACCUGUCAUCUCCAUACCGUUGAAACGGACUGCGGAAGAAAUCUUUUUUUCUGGCCAUUAUUUAUUUAUUAUGAUGGUGCUUUAGAGGUAAUGCUUUAAUCAUUCGUCUGUAAGGAAGCACAUCUUAAGAAAGGACGUCGAGUGGUAGCUAUUUAUUUUGAUUCGUCUUUGGUGUAUUGAUGUGAGAGUUAGCCUGCUAUGUGGGAGGUUUCGCCGUCCUGCUCCUUAUUGUCGGGGCGGAUUUUUCUCGUUUCACACUCACUGGCUCGCGGGUCUGCCUGGAAGAUAUCAUCUGAUUAAUUUUUAAUCUGAAUGCAUCUGCACGGAGAAGGCGCAAAAGGGGGAAAACAACGGAUCACCAGAGAAGGAGGCAGAAAAGAGGGGAAGCGAGAGGGAAGAAUGAAUGAGUCUCACUGAGCCAAGGAGGCAGGAGAUCGGAGGAAACCAGGCUCUCCCAGACAGAGAGGGCGUGAGUUUCCACUCUGCCCCGCCCACUGACCACUCCUAAACCUCACCCCCAGCAUGGCGCUGCCCCUCUGGAUCCUGUGGACCUGUGCUGUCACUCUCAGCAACAUCGCCCCCUCUGCUCAAGCUCUGAGCCGCUCAGCCAUGCCCUUUGGCCUCAUGCGGAGGGAGCUGGCGUGCGAGGGCUACCCCAUCGAGCUGCGCUGUCCCGGGAGCGACGUCAUCAUGAUCGAGACCGCCAACUACGGCCGCACCGACGACAAGAUCUGCGACGCUGACCCCUUCCAGAUGGAGAACGUGCAGUGCUACCUGCCCGACGCCUUCAAGAUCAUGUCUCUGAGGUGUAACAACCGCACCCAGUGCGUGGUGGUGGCGGGGUCUGACGUCUUCCCUGACCCCUGCCCUGGGACCUACAAGUAUCUGGAGAUCCAGUACGAGUGUGUUCCCUACAAAGUGGAUCAAAAAGUCUUUGUGUGUCCUGGGACUCUCCUGCGGGUGCAGGCAGCCAGCUCGGUGCAGGAGGCGGAGCAUCAGUCUGGAGCGUGGUGUAAGGACCCCCUGCAGUCGGGGGACCGGCUGUACGUCAUGCCCUGGACGCCCUACCGGACCGACGUGCUGUACGAGUACGCUUCCUGGGACGACUUCCAGCAGAACCGAGCCACCACCACGUACAAGCUGCCGAACCGUGUGGACGGGACGGGCUUCGUGGUGUACGACGGUGCCGUGUUCUACAACAAGGAGAGGACCCGAAACAUUGUCAAGUACGACCUGCGCACCCGCAUCAAGAGCGGCGAGGCCAUCAUCGCCAACGCCAACUACCAUGACACCUCGCCCUACCGCUGGGGCGGCAAGACGGACAUCGACCUGGCCGUGGACGAGAACGGGCUGUGGGUCAUCUACGCCACCGAGUCCAACAACGGCAGGCUGGUGGUCAGCCAGGUGAACCCGUACACCCUGCGCUUCGAGGGCACCUGGGAGACCAGCUUCGACAAGCGCCUGGCCUCCAACGCCUUCAUGGCGUGCGGGGUGCUGUACGCCGUGCGCUCCGUGUACCAGGACGAUGACAGCGAGGCGGGCGGAGACCUGGUGCUGUACGCCUACAACACCAACCGUGGCCGCGAGGAGUCCGUGCACAUCCCCUUCCCCAACCCCUACCAGUACGUCUCCUCCAUCGACUACAACCCCCGCGACAACCAGCUGUACGUCUGGAACAACUACAACGUGCUGCGCUACCCACUGGAGUUCGGGCCCCCUGACCCCACAGCCGACCCCCUCAGUACAACACAGUUGUCCAGCACGCCAGCAGUCAGGAUGUUCACACCCACCGUCCCCCGCAGCUCCAGCCCCUCCACGCCCCGCCCACUGCCGCCAACGUCUCACCCCAUUGGUGCCAUCAACAAGGGGCCGGACUUACGGCCAAUCACGGCCACGGUACCAGUGACGCGCCGGCCGCCGCGGCCCCCGCAGGGUGUGGAGGUGCACAUGUGCGAGAGCCGGGAAGCACGGGGAGUGCUGUGGCCCUCCACCCAGCGCGGAGAGACCGUCGACCGGCCCUGCCCCAAAGGCUCUCUGGGCAUCGCCUCCUUCCAGUGUCUCUCCAGCCCGGUGCUGUGGAACCCUCGAGGCCCCGAUCUCAGCAACUGUACCUCCCCAUGGGUCAACCAGGUAGCGCAGAAGAUAAAGAGCGGGGAGAAUGCGGCGAACAUCGCGGCGGAGCUGGUGAACCACACUCGGGGGCGGAUCCACGCCGGUGACGUCAGCUCCUCUGUCCGCCUCAUGGAGCAGCUCCUGGACAUCCUGGAUGCGCAGCUGCAGGCCCUGCGUCCCGGCAACAAGGAGUCCGCCGCCCGCAACUACAACAAGCUACAGAAGAGGGAACGCACCUGUCGGGCUUACAUCCAGGCUGUGGUGCAGACAGUGGAUAAUCUGCUGCAGCUGGAGGCCCUGGAGUCCUGGCAGGACAUGAACAGCACAGAGCAGGCCCACACGGCCACCAUGCUGCUGGACGUCAUGGAGAAGGGCGCCUUCCUGCUGGCCAACAACCUGUAUGACAACCGCUUCACUGACCGGGCCACCAACAUCGACCUGGAGGUGUACGUGUUGAACACAGAGAUGGAUCUGCAGGACCUGUCCUUCCCUCAAUCCUACCCCAGCGACAGCAGCAUCCAGCUCUCUGCCUCCACAGUCAAACAGUACAGCCGAAACGGUCAGGUGAAAGUGGUCUUUGUUCUCUACAAGAACCUGGGCCUCUUCCUGUCCACAGAGAAUGCCACAGUGAAGAUGGAGGUGGAGACAGGCGGGGGGCCAGGUCGCGCGGGGGGGGCGGGUCUCGCUGUCAACUCUCACAUCAUCGCAGCCUCCAUCAACAAGGAGUCGAGUCGCGUGUUUCUGACCGAACCUGUGGUCUUCACCCUCAGACACCUGCAGCUGGAGAACCACUUCAGCCCAAACUGCUCGUUCUGGAACUACUCGGAGCGCUCCAUGACGGGUCAGUGGUCUUCCCAGGGCUGCCGUCUGCUGGAAACCAACGACACCCACACCACCUGCUCCUGCAGCCACCUCACCAACUUCGCUGUGCUGAUGGCCCACCACGAACCGGCGUACCCGGGACGGAUGCACGAGCUGAUCCUGUUUGUGAUCACCUGGGUGGGCAUCGUCAUCUCCCUGGUGUGUCUGGCCAUCUGCAUCUCCACCUUCUGCUUCCUGCGGGGCCUGCAGACCGACCGCAACACCAUCCACAAGAACCUGUGCAUCAACCUCUUCAUCGCCGAGCUCCUCUUCCUCAUUGGCAUUGACAAGACACAGUACCACAUCGCCUGUCCAAUUUUUGCGGGUCUCCUGCACUUCUUCUUCCUGGCUGCAUUCUGCUGGCUGUGUCUGGAGGGGGUGCAGCUGUACCUGAUGCUGGUGGAGGUGUUUGAGAGCGAGUACUCCCGUAAGAAGUACUAUUACCUGUGCGGAUACUGCUUCCCGGCGCUGGUGGUGGGAAUCUCUGCCGCCAUCGACUACCGCAGCUACGGAACCAAGAAAGCGUGCUGGCUGCGGGUGGAUAAUUACUUCAUCUGGAGCUUCAUCGGCCCUGUGUCCUUCGUCAUCAUGCUGAACCUGGUGUUCCUGAUGAUCACUCUGCACAAGAUGGUCCGCAACUCCUCCGCUCUCAAACCAGAUUCCAGUCGUCUUGACAACAUCAAGUCCUGGGCUCUGGGGGCCAUUACUCUGCUCUUCCUCCUCGGUUUGACCUGGGCGUUCGGCCUCCUCUUCAUCAACGAGAACACGGUCAUCAUGGCAUACCUCUUCACCACCUUCAACGCCUUCCAGGGCAUGUUCAUCUUCAUCUUCCACUGCGCCCUGCAGAAGAAGGUGCAUAAGGAGUACAGUAAGUGUCUGCGUCACUCCUACUGCUGCAGCCGCACCUCCACCACCAGCUCCCACGGCUCGCUGAAGAGCUCCGCCCUGCGGGCCAACAACCGCUACUACACAGGCAGCCAGGCACGCCACGCCUCCGCCCACAGACAGAGUCGCAUUCGCAGGAUGUGGAAUGACACUGUACGCAAGCAGACAGAAUCAUCCUUCAUGGCUGCAGACAUGAAUAACACCCCUACAUUAAACCGUGCCUCCAUGGGGAAUCACCUGCUGACAAACCCUGGGCUACAAUCGCGCUCUGGCUCCUCCCCCUACAACACCCUGCUGGCCGAAACCUUCAACCCCCCCUCUCCCGGCGUCUUCAACUCCACGGGGACCUUCCGAGACCCAAAGAGCACUCUCUCUAAGGCCCGGGAUACCUGUGGGAUGGAGACACUUCCCCUGAAUGGAAACUUCAAUAACAGCUACUCCCUGCGCAGUGUGGGGGGUGGCGGCAUCGGUGGGGCCUGUGACUUCCUGGGGGGAGGAGUCGGAGGUGGGGCCAGGGGCGCGGACAGCCCCCCUCCCCUGCUGAACCCCCGGGGGGCGGAGACCCUUGGCGGGGGCGGGGUCAGGCGGAACCUAUCGGACGCGGCGGCCUUUGAGAAGAUGAUCAUCUCAGAGCUGGUGCACAACAACCUGCGUGGGGGCGGGGCUGGGGGCGGGGCCACCGGGGAAAGGGUGGGCAGCCUGGCGAGGGGCCGGGUGGUGGCCGGGUUACGGGGUGGGGCUGACCCGGGCGCGGACGAGGAGGAGGGCUUCCUGUCGGGGGAGGCGCGGCCGACGCCGGACGUGCAGCUGCUGUACAAGGCCCUGGAGGAACCCCUGCUCCUACAGCGUGCCCAGUCCGUGCUGUACCAGAGUGACCCCGACGAGUCCGAGAGCUACACCCCCGACCUCACCGAGAGCCUGGAGGCGGGCGCGGGAGAGAGGCCGGGCGAGCGGGACUCCCUGUACACCAGCGUGACCAACCUGCGGGACUCGCCCUACCCCGACAGCAGCCCCGAGCCGCUGGAGGUGGUGCCCCGCUCCGCCCAGCCCCCGCAGGAGCUGUACUACAGCUCAGGCCGUCCCGCACUGGGCUCCCGCGGCGGGCCAUUGCACACCUUCCACCAGGCCCCCGCCCGGAGGCCCAGCGGGGAGAGCUACCUGGGGCAGGGGGGCGCCGAGCCCGCCCACGGCGAGGGGGACGGACAGAUGCAGCUGGUCACCAGCCUGUGACUAGGACGGUGGUGACCACAGCAGCGAGGUUGAGGAGGAGGGACUUGCGUUUGGCCAACGCCCACACUGCUGCCCGAGGUUUUUUCAGUUGAAAGACAAGGAAAUGCACCUGCAGUUACUGAGAAUGUUCAGGAGUUUACCCACAAUGCCCCUUGCUUCUCCCCCACAGCGCCUCCUUAACCCCCCCUCCACAGCCUUCACCGCAAAAAUCCUCCCCCUGGGUUUUCAUUUCACUCCUUUCAUCUUUCUUUUUUCCUCAGAAUUCAUUUCCCUCUUUUUGCUCAUUGCACUCAUUAUUUACUCCAAAAAAAAAAUCCUUUUCAGUGUGGCGCAUGAGAGUGGAGUGAUACCAGCUGAACAAAGUGAACACUGAUAAAGAAAAAGGUAAAAAUGACCUGAAAGUGAGGUGAAAGGAAUGGACAGAGGGACGAGGAGACAGGACAGGGGACUGCAUCUCUCUGCCACGGGAGACGACCUGCAGGACUGACCUGACCGGGCUGAGAGGAAGACUGUGGCCUGCUCUGGACCCACGUUUGAGCCGAGAAGACCACAAAGGACAUCACCCCCCUCCCCCCUCCCCCCUCUCCUCUUCACAGAUCCAAAAACCUGAGGAAAAAGAGGAGCGGAAUCCCCUUUCCCACCUUCCAAGCGCCCCCACCUCCCAUCGGCAGACUUUUUCAGGUAAAACUGGACACUUCACCUGUGUGUUGUCACAGCAACGAGGAUUCUUAUCGCUGCAGCUUACUACUCCAGCUAUUAUUCUACUUCAGCCUUGUAAAUAGGAGUCAAAUGAAAAAGAAAAGCAACAAAAAAGAAACAAAAAUAUGAAAAAGAAUUUCUUGUAUUGCAACAAAAGUACAAAAGAGGACAUGUACAGGAGUUUGGUACUUGAAAGACACCCCUUCCUCCCCUUCCCCCCUUCCCUCUCACUUUCAUCCC